GCGGGCCGGGGCGGGGCCUCCGCAGCGGCUCCCGCAGGGCUGCGGGCUCCUGGCCGCGGAGGCCGCAGAGGGUUAUCGCGGCGUGGUCUCCGCGGGGCCCCCGGACGAUCGCGCCGUCAGACCCAGGGGUCGGCGAGCGGCCGCGGGCUGCAGUGCCUCCAGUACAGCAGGAGCUCUGGGAGGGGAGGGGGUUGUCAGACACCCCGCCCCCGCCCCUGGGCCCUGCCCCAGCCGGAGUUGAAUCCAGGACCAACGGCUCUUCACCUCACCACGCCCACUCUCAGCUCCAGCCAUGGGGCCCCUGCUAACCCUGUUCCUGGUGGCCCUGGUGGGCCUCCCGCUGGCCCAGGCUCUGGACUGCCACGUGUGCGCCUACAACGGAGAGAACUGCUUCAACCCCGUCCACUGCCCGGCCAUGGUCACCUACUGCAUGACCACGCGCACUUACUACACCCCGACCAGGAUGAAGGUGAGCAAGUCCUGCGUGCCCAGCUGCUUCGAGACCGUGUACGAUGGUUACUCCAAGCACGCCUCUACCACCUCCUGCUGCCAGUACGACCUCUGUAACGGCGCUGGCCUCGCCAUCCCCGGAACCCUGGCCCUGGCCCCCAUACUCCUGGCUACCCUCUGGGGUCUGCUCUGAAGCCCUGCCCCCACCAGGACCCACGCAAGGACAAGUUCUGAGAAGCCCAGCCCUACCCUUUCACCCUUUCACCCUGCCCCCACCUUCUGUGCUCCCAGAGACCACCCCCCGCAACCGCUCCAGCCACCAUCCAGAACUGCCUACUGGAGGGACUCGAGUGUCCACCACCAUCCUGGGCCUCGCUCCCAGACCACCACCUUCCAUUUUCCAAAGGUUGACGUGGGACCUUCCAAAAGUGUCUGGUCUUGGUGGGAGAGCUCGCCCCUCCUCUACAUGAGGAUGAGGGCAUCUGGAGAAGUGUGCCGCUUAGUUGGGGUCCUCAGUUGGCUGAGGAACACUGAUGGGAAGGGAGACUUGGCCCACCCUCCUGGCAGCUCUGGGGGUCUGCCCCAGUCUGCCUAGUCUGCCUAGUAAGUGUGUGGAGGCGCUGGGGAAAGCAGGGACCCAGGGUGGGUGGGGGGCAGUCUUGGGAAGAAGGGCUUUCUGGGGCCCCAGGAGGUCUGUCCCUGUGAUUCUGACAGACCAGGAGCUGCCCAGGGUAGGCGUGGCAUAGAGGGCCACGCUUCGUCCCUGUCAGCCAUCCAGGUGGGAGUGCCAGGAAGGCCUGGGUGAGGGGUGGGGGUGGCUCAUCCUAAAGAGCCCCUGAGGCCCCCAGCCCCAGGAGCCUGGCAAGAGGCUCUUCCCUUCUUGCUCUGCCCAAUCCCUGACCUUCCCCCCUCUGCACCCUGCCUGAGGCUGGCAGGCACUUGGGGGCAGGGCAGGCAGGCCAGAUGGCUAUAUUUGGUGGAGCAUGAGAGCUGACCCCAGGGCUAUUUUUGGCAGGGAGAGAAGGGAGCUGGGUGGGACCAGAACAGCCUGAUCUUCAGCCCUGGCCUGGCCCUUAGUGGAGGGGAGUGAGCCACAGCAGGUGCCUGAGAGUGUGAGCACCCGAAUCAGCGGGGGAGGGUGGAGGGCGGAGGAUGGAGGGCGGAGGUCGGGGUGGGGGGGUGCGGGGAGGAUCCUGGGAGGAAGGAGAGGAGUCGGAGAGAUGCUGGGAGAGGCCGACUCUGGGAUGCAAUGCAGAUGACCAGGCUCCCUCUGGACACGCACCCCAGGAUUUCCUCUGCAACCCCCAUCCCAAUAAGCACUGCCCACAGCGGCUUCCGGCUGGCCUCCCUCCGCUCUGGCCUGCAGGCCCCGCUCAGUGAGUGCUGGCUGAACUGGCCUGGGCCCCAAAGCCUGAGCCCAUCAGCCUGCGGGUCUCCAGGGAACCCUCUACCCUCCAACUGUGCUUGAGGAGAGAGAGAGGCCCACCGGGGCUGGAGAGCUUCCUCUCUGAUCCGAGGAGUGGUCUGCAAGUGUCCCCAACCUAGUGGGGUAUUGGGACCUUCAAAGGCCCAAGAAUUGGCAUUAUUUAAAGGGUAUAAGCCUAGGUGAACCCCACCCCUGGCCUGGUUUCAGAGAUAAGAGUCUGCCCAGCACAGACCAUGCUGGAUCAGGGUGGCCCAGGAAACGCCGGUCCUCCUCCCACUGAGGCCAGACUGCAUGCCACAUGGUGCCCCAGGUCACACAGGGCCUGCCUGAGGCCUUAGCUGCCCAGUGUCCCCAGCCCGAGGGUCCGGGGAGGGGCCCAGGAGCACCUUCAGGCUGUCUGGACCUAAGUGGGCAGGAUUGUGGCAAAUGCCUGUGUGGUGGCAUCGUCCCUGGAAUGCAGAGGCUCUUGGCCCCCAAGCGUGGCCUCGUCAAGGGAGACUGUGCUGGAGAUCCCGCCUUGAGAGCUUCACCCAGUGCUUCCAGAACCCAAGGGAUUAGGAUAUCGUGGGAGAGCCUGGGGGAGCCUCAGCAGGUGACCUCGGGCAGACCUGGUUGGACCUCCCAGAAGGUCGGGGAAGAUGAGUUUCUCAUCCUGGGCGGGAAAGGAGCUGCACCCCACAGAGUGUCCGGUCAAGGGCUCAGUCCCCACAGGACACCUGGGUGCCUCCUCCUGAGGCCCGAUCCGGUAUGAGCCCUUCCCUGGGGGAGGCGGGCAGCAAGCCAGACUCCAACUCUGAGCUCCCACAGGUCCUGCGGGACACCCCCCAGGAAGGGUUGGUCUCAGGAAGACCAAGCUCCCCACAAGGCUGCCUGGAGGGCCAGCGCAGGCCUCUACCUGCGGAUGCCGGCUGGAAGAAAGGGUAGACAGAGUCCUCCAGCCCUAGCCGCCCUUGACCUGACUCAGUGGGAGAGGCUUGGAAUCGGUUGUUAAAGUGCUUGUGUAAGACCUUUGUCCUGGGUCAGCAGGCAUCCUAGGCCACGGCCGGGAGGAGCACAGGAUCGGUCCUCCCUCCCCUCAGUGGCUGAUGACGUUAGAGCCCUGCCUGGGCACCCGUGGGCUCUGGGGUCACUGAGAGCAGGGAUCCAGGGAGCUGGGCUUGCCGCCGUAUGGGGUUGCUUCUUACACCUGCCUUCUGUGCCCCUCUGUCCACUGUGACCUGGUCCAAGCCCAACACCCACCGCAUUGCACCAGGCCCGCAGGACCGUGCCGUCCACCCCACCGCCACAGGCCGGGCUCUGGCUGGCUGGGCUGUCCUCAGAACCCAGCCCGGAGCCCUCAGGAGGUCCUCGACCAAUACGGGGGCCCCGGCCCCUGGUGGGACGCAUGUGACGCUGACCUGGAAGGGCAGUGCCGGUGGGGACAAGCACAGCGACCAUGGGAACUGACUGUCCGGCUGCCCUGUGCUGUGGCUGUAAGCACUCCACGACCACCCUGCGAGGUAGAAGGCAUUACAGGUGAGGAGGCUGAGGCACGGGGCGCUGGCGUGGCUGCCCGACACCCCCCACCCUGCCCCCGCUGUGCAGUCUUCUCCCAUCUGCUGGGAGGCUGCGUCCCAGAGCCUGGGACAGGGAAGGGAGCAGGUUAUAAACUUAGAACUAUUUUGGCCUGUGAGAUAAUGAUAAGAGCUGAGGGUCAGGAAAGCUCUAGAAGGGGAAAAGUAGAAGCAGAGAUUUGAGACACCGUGAGGCCCAGAGGCAGGCGUCCAGCCCCGCGUCUGCGUCCCGCAAGCUGGGGUUGCAGAGGGGGGGCACAGGGGCACCAGGCCCGUGUCUCCAGCUGCCAGCGAGACAGUGGGCAUUUCCACUGUGGGGGUCCCCCCAACAGAAAUGAGUGUCCCGUCCAUGUGAAUCGAUGCUCGGGCUCUUUAAAGCUCUCCGUGGCGUCCAAAUCUCGAGUCUGGAAGCAGCCUGGGUGUCUCUGCUGUGCUGCUUCCUGUGGGCACCCUGGGAGCACAGCUGGGGAGCGGGGGCAGCAGGCGCCCACCCUGGGGACACAGGGUGGGCAUCUGCAGCCAAAGGCACCCUCCAGACCUGUGUGCGGCCUGGCCCCGCUGCAUACAGAAGGCAUCAGGAAGGUGCGCUGGUGGUGGGCGGGCGGGGAGGGGGGGUCGACCAACCGCCCCAUCUCCCUCCGCAGCUGCUGACUUGUUUGAUAAACAUGUAACUCAUUCAUGCUUCUAGACCUCUUGAGUUCUGUUGGGUCCUACAGCUCUGGGCUGGCUCAUUCAUAAAAUGGGCAUGAUGCCCACCAAGCCGAGGCCUCGGGGGGAUGGACGAAGCUGGGGGUGUAAGUGCCCAGCCCAGGGCCCAGCACACAGGAGGCCUCAGAUCCAUGGGUGGUCCCUCCUCCCUUCCUGCCACUGCGAGCUCUGGACACUUCCAGGGCCAUGCCCCUGCAGGCAGCUAAUGCCAACCCCUGACCCUGACCCUGACCCUGACCCGCAUGAGACUCUGCCUUUGGGCCUGGGCCUCCUUCUCUGUUCACACUAUGCACUUCAGUAUCUCCAGUGUGAAUAAACAGAUGAGGACACA